AUGAAAGGCCUGUUUUGCGCUAUGAUGGUAGUUCUGUUGCCACUGAUUACAGCGGUACAGAAUUCUCCUGCGACUUGUGCAAUUUAUGGGAGUUGUGGCAAGAAAUCUAUGUUCGGUAGCGAAUUACCAUGUCCAGUUCCCGAAAACUUCAAGCCAAAUCCUCUGCUCAGAGAAGAAAGAAACCUUCUGGUACAGGUUUGUGGCCAAGAAUGGAACGAUGUGGAGGAAGUUUGCUGCACGAAGGAUCAAAUAAUUAAACUGCAAACCAAUUUAAAGAAGGCGGAGAAUAUUAUUGCAUCAUGCCCUGCAUGUGUCAAAAACUUUAACAAUUUAUUUUGCGAGUUUACUUGCUCACCAAAGCAGAGAACCUUCGUUAAUGUUACUGAGACGUCUUAUUCUCUCGAUAAAAAGGAGGUAGUGUCUGAGCUGGAUUUUUUUAUGGAUCCUGACUGGGCAUCUGCUUUUUAUGAUUCAUGUAAGGGUAUCAAAUUUGCGGCGACUAAUGGAUAUGCUUUAGAUUUAAUCGGUGGUGGCGCAAGAAACUAUCGAGAGUUUUUGAAGUUCCUGGGGGAUGAAAAGCCCAUGCUUGGAGGUUCUCCUUUCCAAAUAAAUUACAAGUACGAAGAUUUGGACUCUAACUACCGCCUUUUCAAUGAUACAGUUUAUGCAUGCGAUGACAAGGACUACAAGUGUGCCUGUACAGAUUGCGGAUCUUCUUGUCCAGAACUUGAUCCUUUGAAAGUUGGGAAGUGUAAAAUUGGUGGCAUUCCCUGCUUCUCGUUUGCUGUUUUAGUGACUUACUCCACUCUAGCGAUAUUGAUAGGUGCGUGGCAUGUUUAUUAUUUUAAAACUAAAAGGCAGCCUAUAAUGCUAGAACAUGGAGAAAGUGAGAACUUAGACAUUUUAAAUGAAGACGUCGUUAAUGAGCAUUUGUUCUUUGACCACACCAUAACUACCUCACCUUUGAAUGAACGCAUUGUAUCAUUUACGAAUAAACUGUCGGACAUUGCAUGUACCUUUCCUAUGGCUGUUUUGGGUAUAUCUACGACUGUUGUAUUGAUUCUCUCUAUUUCUAUGUAUUACUUUGGGGAGCUUGAGAGGGACCCAAUAAAUUUGUGGGUCAGUAAAAAGUCACCUAAAUAUAGAGAGAAGCAGUACUUUGAUGAAAAUUUCGGACCCUUUUACCGGACGGAACAGAUAUUUGUGGUUAAUGAAACUGGACCUGUACUAUCAUACAGCACUUUACAAUGGUGGUUCGAAGUUGAGCAAAACUUAACGAAGAUUAUAAGAUCCAAACAAAACGUUGGCUAUGAAGAUAUAUGCUUCAGACCUACGGAAGAUAGUACUUGUGUCAUUGAGUCUUUAACGCAAUAUUUCGACGGAGAAAUCCCUAAAGAAGAAACUUGGCGUGAAGAGCUGAAAUUGUGCACUGAUUCACCAGUAAAUUGUUUACCUUCUUUUCAACAGCCUCUUAAAACCAAUUUACUGUUCAGUGAUGAUAAUAUCUUUGAUUCUAAUGCCUUCAUAGUAACACUUCUGGUCAAUAAUCACACAGACUUCUCCGUAUUUUGGGAACAACAGAUUGAAAAUUAUUUGCUUCAUUUAAAAGUUCCCGAUGGCUUGCAGUUGAGUUUCAAUACUGAAAUGUCACUAGAAAAGGAACUGAAUAGAAACAAUGAUAUUAUCAUAGUUUGUGCAUCAUAUUUGUUGAUGUUUUUGUACGCUUCAUGGGCUUUGGGGAACAAGACGCGUCGCAACAGAGUACUGUUAGGGAUUUCAGGUAUUGCUAUUGUUAUCGGGUCUGUGACAUCUGCAGCAGGGCUGCUCAGCAUCUUGGGGGUCAAAUCUACGCUAAUUAUUGCGGAAGUUAUUCCGUUUUUGAUAUUAGCAAUAGGUAUUGAUAAUAUCUAUUUAAUCACACAUGAGUAUGAUAGAAUUUCGGAAACUAAUGGUAAUUUGGAUAUCUCUGAGCGCAUUAGUUUGGUAAUGAGUCGAAUUUCACCCUCUAUUCUCAUGUCUUUAUUGUGUCAAUUGAGCUGCUUUUCGAUUUCGGCAUUCGUCAGCAUGCCAGCCGUAAGAAAUUUUGCGAUAUAUUCCGCUGUGGCACUAGUGUUCAACGUCUCGCUGCAGUUGACCGCAUACAUAUCCAUUUUGAAGCUCUAUGAAGAAUCAGCCUCGCGACUCUCUCCUGAGACAGAAUCCAUUUCUCGCUCUCACCCAAAAUUUUCAUCAUUUUACUUCAAUAUGAUUACGAAGAAAAGAAAACUAAUAGGUAUCUUCGUUUCUUGGACAUUAUUAUCGCUUAUUUUUCUUCCUUAUGUCCAAUUAGGUUUAGAUCAGUCCUUAGCUGUGCCUCAGGAUUCCUACCUAGUGAAGUAUUUUCAAAAUGUCUACAAAUAUCUCAAUGUGGGUCCUCCAGUUUAUUUUGUAGUCAAGAAUUUAGAUUAUACUUCUAGAGCAAACCAAAGGAAAAUAUGUGGUAAAUUUACUUCCUGUGAUGAGUAUUCCUUGGGUAAUAUUUUGGAACAGGAACGCCAAAGGUCGACAAUUACGGAGCCGGUUGCCAACUGGUUCGAUGAUUAUAUGAUGUUUCUGAAUCCACAACUUGAUACCUGUUGCCGCUUCAAAAAAGGUACGGAUGAUAUAUGCCCGCCACAUUUCCCCGCUCGGAGAUGCGAAACCUGCUUUGCGGAAGGGGAGUGGAAUUAUAAUAUGACAGGAUUCCCCGAAGGGAAAAGUUUCAUGAAGUAUUUUGAUAUUUGGAUUGAUACACCAAGUGAUCCCUGCCCAUUGGGCGGUAAAGCUCCAUAUGCUUCUGCUAUCGACUACAAUGAAACGGCAGUGGUAAGUUCGACUUUCAGAAGUGCACACCAUCCUUUGAGAUCUCAAAAGGAUUUUAUUGAAGCGUAUCAAGAUGCAGAAAGAAUAACACAGUCAAUGAAAGGAUUGGACGUUUUUGCUUAUUCUCCUUUCUACGUGUUUUUUGUACAAUACGACACGAUUAUUUCUUUGACUUUAAAGUUGUUAGCUUUUUCAUUAUCCGUUAUUUUUGUGAUUUCAUGUUUAUUCCUAGGAUCCGUUAAAACUUCGCUGGUUUUAGCGGUGACCAUUCUCAUGAUUAUGGUUGACAUUGGAGCAUUUCUUGUUCUCUUCGGUAUCUCACUAAAUGCCGUCAGUCUUGUCAAUUUGAUCAUUUGUGUCGGGCUUGCCGUUGAGUUUUGCGUUCAUAUAGUAAGGGCAUUUACUGUUGUUCCUAAUGUGAUUAAAAACGAUCGCGAUUCUAGAGUAAAGCAUGCAAUGAAUACUGUCGGAAGCUCAGUCUUUAGUGGUAUCACAUUGACGAAAUUCAUUGGAGUUUGUGUCUUGGCAUUUACAGAGUCUAAAAUAUUCCAAAUUUUUUACUUCAGAAUGUGGUUUUCUUUGAUUAUUAUCUCCUGUCUCCAUGCUUUCCUGUUCCUGCCUGUAGCGCUGGGACUAUUUGGUGGGAAGAGUUAUGCUGAUGGUGAAUCAGUAUUGGAUAGUUGA